CAUGUUAAUGUUGUCGACCACAUGCUAGCAGUAAUGCAGAAAUAUUCUGAUCAACUGGAGGCUGAAGUACAAGAACGAACAUUGGAGCUGGAAGCGGAAAAACAGAAGACGGAGGAUCUCAUAGCUAAAAUGCUGCCACUGCCCGUUGCUCAGGAGCCGGUAGCUGGAAACCCAGUGGAUCCGGAAGCAUUCGACAACGUCACCAUUUACUUCAGUGACAUUGUGGGAUUCUCCUUGAUCUCCGCCAAAUCAACGCUACUGCAAAUUGUCGACCUGCUCAAUGACAUCUACACUACAUUUGACGCAACAAUUGAGCAUUUCAACGUUUAUAAGGUUGUUUUGCGGUUACUGUUUUAA